AAUAAACGUCAAUCAUUCUCUAUCGAACAGCGGCAACAGCAAAACGCGAGGCACGAGUUCUUUUAUUUUCACAUAGAAAUUAAUUAAAAACCGCUUUAAUCAUGUUUGGUGGACAGCAACCAAUCCUCGUGUUGAGUCAAAACACAAAAAGAGAAUCGGGCCGCAAAGUGCAGUUGGAGAAUAUUCAAGCCGGAAAGGCUAUUGCCGAUGUGAUAAGGACAUGCUUGGGCCCCCAGGCCAUGUUAAAAAUGUUAAUGGAUCCCAUGGGCGGCAUUGUGAUGACCAAUGAUGGCAAUGCGAUACUGCGUGAAAUUACCGUGCAGCAUCCAGCGGCCAAGAGCAUGAUUGAGAUUGCUCGCACACAGGACGAAGAGGUGGGCGAUGGCACCACCUCUGUCAUUGUCUUGGCUGGGGAAAUGCUUGCCGCUGCCGAGCCAUUCCUGCAACAGCAAAUCCAUCCCACCGUUAUCAUCCGUGCCUAUCGUGAGGCCCUCGAGGACAUUGUCAACUACCUGCAGUCCGAUCUGAGUGUUCAGCUGGAUGUUAAGGAUAAGGCCAAGAUGGCUGAUGUGGUCAAGGCCUGCGUGGGCACCAAAUUCAUUGGCAAGUGGUCGGAUAUGGCUGUUAAAAUCGCUUUGGAUGCUGUGGAGACUGUUACACUGAAUGAGAAUGGUCGCUUGGAGGUUGAUAUCAAGCGUUAUGCUAAGGUGGAGAAGAUUCCCGGCGGCGCAAUUGAAGAUUCCUGCGUGCUGAAGGGCGUGAUGAUUAACAAAGAUGUGACACAUGCUAAAAUGCGUCGCUACAUUGAGAAUCCUCGCAUUGUGCUGUUGGACUGCUCCCUGGAGUAUAAGAAGGGUGAAAGCCAGACAAAUGUGGAGAUCAUUGGCGAGCAGGACUUUACCCGUAUGCUGCAAAUCGAAGAAGAGUUUGUGCAACGAGUUUGCGCAGAUAUAAUUGCCGUUAAACCGGAUCUGGUGUUCACCGAGAAAGGUGUCUCUGAUCUGGCACAGCACUAUCUGCUCAAGGCAGGUAUCACAGCUAUUCGACGACUCCGCAAGACGGACAACUUGCGUAUUGCGCGUGCCUGUGGUGCAACAAUCGUGAAUCGCACGGAGGAGCUUACCGAAAAGGAUGUGGGCACUGGUGCCGGACUCUUUGAGAUCAAGAAAAUUGGCGAUGAAUAUUUCACGUUUGUCACACAGUGCAAGGACCCCAAGGCCUGCACCAUUCUGCUGCGCGGCGCCAGCAAGGACAUACUCAAUGAAACGGAGCGCAAUCUCCAAGAUGCUUUGCAUGUUGCUCGUAAUCUGGUGCUUGAACCGCGCCUUGUCGCUGGCGGCGGCGCCGUCGAGAUGGCUGCUUCCCAGCUGCUCACCCGUAAACAGGUAAAAGGACCUUACACUGCUGUAGCCCAUGCAUUGGAGAUCAUUCCACGCACAUUGGCCCAGAACUGUGGUGCCAAUACCAUUCGCGCCUUAACUGCACUGCGCGCCAAGCACGCUUCCCACACUGGUCCCGGUGUCUGUGCCUGGGGUAUCGAUGGCGAAUCUGGCGAAAUUGUCGACAUGAAUGUCAAGAACAUCUGGGAGCCACUGGCUGUUAAGCUGCAAACUUACAAAACUGCUGUGGAGACAGCCAUUCUGCUUCUACGUAUCGAUGAUAUUGUUUCCGGCUCAAAGAAGCGUGGUGGCAACGAGCCUACCAACCCGGCAGCCAUGGCUCAGGGUCAUGAAUAGGCAAACAACAUCAAAUACAUGUGUAUUAAUAAUGCUUAAUAUCUUAAUACUUAAUUUAACACACAAAACAACAACAAAACCAAACACCACACACAACACCACCCCCAACACUACAAAUGUUUAACAUUUCGCCUACCCUCACAUACAAAAUUUUUGUUGCAUUUGCUCUCAUUAACAGUACACAAAUAAAAACGAUAAUAAACCUUAUA